GCGCAAUCCUGGCGCAUGGGGUUUAAUGGGCGGGACCUGGCGCCUUUGCGGGCCGCGUUCCCGGAAGUGUCGGGUCUCUGGGCGCCGGUAGCUUGUGUCCCGCGUUCCGGGGACAGCACGUGGCUGCCCCGCCUCGGCCCGGGCGCAGUUGCGUCGCCCUGGAGCCGCGGGUCUCGGUCGCGGAAGCGGUGUCGUCCCUGACCAUCGCGGACGCGUUCGUUCGGGCCUGUGUGGGCCCCGCCCCGCCGCGCCCCGCGCUCCCCAGCAGGUUCAUCUGCUCCUUUCCUGACUGCAGCGCUAGUUACAACAAAGCCUGGAAGCUAGACGCGCACCUCUGCAAGCACACGGGGGAGAGGCCGUUCGUUUGUGACUAUGAGGGCUGUGGCAAAGCCUUCAUCAGGGACUACCAUCUGAGUCGACACAUCCUGAUUCACACCGGAGAAAAGCCAUUUGUUUGUGCAGAUAAUGGCUGUAAUCAGAAAUUCAGCACAAAGUCAAACUUGAAGAAACACAUUGAACGCAAACAUGAAAAUCCACAAAAACAGUAUGUGUGCAAUUUUGAAGGUUGCAAGAAGGCCUUUAAGAAGCACCAGCAGCUGAGAACCCAUCAGUGCCAGCACACAAAUGAGCCACUCUUCAGGUGUACCCACGAGGGAUGUGGGAAGCACUUUGCCUCCCCCAGCAGGCUGAAACGGCAUGGGAAGGUUCACGAGGGCUACCUAUGUCAAAAGGGAUGUUCCUUUGUGGGAAAAACGUGGACAGAGCUUCUGAAGCACACGAGAGAAGCCCAUAAAGAGGAGGUGACCUGCACAGUGUGCCAGAAGAUGUUCAAGCGCAAAGAUCACCUUAAGCAGCACAUGAAGACUCACGCUCCGGAGAGGGAUGUGUACCGCUGCCCGCGGGAAGGCUGUGCAAGGACCUACACCACCGUGUUCAACCUGCAGAGCCACAUUCUCUCCUUCCACGAGGAAAAGCGCCCAUUUGUGUGUGAGCACGCUGGCUGUGGCAAGACGUUUGCAAUGAAACAAAGUCUCAUGAGGCACAGUGUCGUGCACGAUCCUGACAAGAAGAGGAUGAAGCUCAAAGUUAGACCACCUCGGGAGAGACGCAGCUUGGCCUCGCGCCUCAGCGGGUACGUCCCUCCUAAGGGGAAACAAGAGCCCGACUGCUCCUUGCCUAACAGCACAGAGUCCAGCAGCAGCCCAGAGGCCACGAUGCUCGCCCCAGCUGCGUUACUUACUGUCCACUAGUUGGGAGGGACUUCAGAGCGGCUAGCAGAGGCUUCUGGAGAAGCCCGGACUUCUCAUUAAAUCACUGACACAGGACGUCCGA